CUUUCCCGGGCAUCUUUGUGCGAUGUGACUGUGUGCCCUCGGCCCACGGCCCACGGGGUAGAGCUUACUCGUGCGAGAAAGCACGACAGGUACGAUUUCGUCUUGGCUCGCAACCAACCCGGCUUCGAGGAAAGCCGACGAUGGAGGGACAGUAGGUGGCCGCUGCUGCUGGACGCUGCCAUCAACAACUCACAAGGUAUGGCUGGCGUCAUCGGGUUGAGCCAGGCCUGGCCGAUGCGGUUCACCGAAAGAAGGCAACUGUCGUCGGGUAACUGCAUCAUGCUGACCUUGUCCCAAAAGGAGCCGGUCAGGAAAAGUGCCCGAGGAUUAGGUAGCAAAUCCUCAGGGAAGAAGCACUGCACUGCCGGCCGGGGCAAUGACAAAAACAGCAGCCACUUGCUGGAGGUGUUGAUGUCUCGGCAGCUGAACCCCUGCGAGGAGAGCCAGCCAGAUGGCAGAGGUUGGCGGACGGGAGUGUCAAGAAAGACCAUCGCGCGGAUAGGCAGCGAAGACGGGUACCGGAGAGACAUACGUCGGAAGCUGGAGACGCCAUCGGCCGAGAAUCGGACAAGGUAG